AAUUGAUACGCCUACUUACUUACUUCAUUUGACACCAAUAACAAACUACCAUAACGGCAUAACGAGCAAAGUAGAUCAUGUAUUGAGCAUGUCAACCAUUACACAUACAUUCUACCUUUACUUUGCGGUUCCCAUCUUCAGGCGAAAAGAGCAUCAAUUUAUAUCUACACUGCAGCGGGCGACAAUUGAGCUUCGGCCUGCUGUCUAA